AGCGUUUUGAAGUAAGUGAGUACAAAACUACUACUUGAAAAAGUGGUGUAAAAGUAAGUAAGGUGUAGUAGUAUUAAGUAAGUAAGGAGCACCAUUAUUAUUUAGAUAUAUCUACGAGUCAAUGGAGUUUUGUGAUGGCACUUCACCGCUACUUCUUCCUCAACACCACCAAAAAAUCUUUACCACUUCUUUAACCAAUGCCAGGUCGCUCAUCCAAGGAAAAGAAGUCGGUAUCAUCAACACCCCCAAUAAUAGCACGGUCGUCGUCCCUACCAACACAGUUAAGAUUGUUGUUAGUGGUAAGGAGAAGGCUCAAAGUUGACGGGAAGAAGAAAUCUAAAUAUUGGAGGGAUCAUUUGACGAGACGACCCGUUAAGUCGUAACAGCGACGGGGUUAAGAUAUCAUCCGGAGUUGUUGUCGAAGAAGACGACGACGCCGGUGUGGGGAUCAGUUUUUUUACAAUUUGUCAAAAUUAAUUCCAACCUUCCAACGGGUCGAAUUACUUAACAAGUUUUAUUUUAGUAAGGGGGGAUAAGUCAGAAAAGACAAGUUGAGACCAAGACAAUAAUUUAAUUACGGAAAGACUUUUAAUUUAUCGAGUGAGAUUUAAAUCUGAAUCUACUACUCUUCGAUUUGAGAUAAUCAUCCGCCGCCGGAAGGGAGAAUUAAAGAAGUAUGACCACCACAUGCCAGCUUACCUUUCCCGGUGAUGGUGACGAACAGUGAUUUUAAAUUGGGAUAUAAAAAACGACAUUGAAUUUAUAUAUUUUGAACGAGAAGCCAGGUUUAGUUGUUGUCGUUGCUGCAAAUUAACCUGACCUUGUUUUGUUGUUCAUGUAUCGAUGCGUGGUUAGUUUGCUAAAAAAAGUUUGGUGAAAUUCCGUAUAAUUUAUUAUCCCGUCUGGAAAAGUGACCAUGAACAAGUCCUCGAGUAGUGGAAGAACAAAGCAUAAAAACGAGGACGAUAAAAUAAUUCCGGCUUCGUCAAAUUCCAAAAUAUUUCCUUGUGUUGUCGUCGUCGCUGCCGCCGUGGUGUAAAUCUCGUCAAUUAUUUACGAAUGAAUGGAAUCAAUCGUGAGAAGAACAAGGCUUAACAAAUUCAGAAGACAUUUACUCCAAAUAUUUUAAUUUAUAUUUUACUAAUUAAUUCAAACUUCCGGUGAUGACAUAGUAAAAUAUUCAACAGAGUAGUUAUUAGGACAAAAUGGUAUAGUGGUUCAUAUAUAUAUUUAUUAAUGGGACACGAGGAGUGCAUUAUUAAUUAAUUAAUCAUUAAUGAUGCUCGUUCAUCAUACUCACUGGGUCAGUCAAUCUGAAUAUCGUAGUUAGUGGUGUAGGAGGAGUUGUCAAUUUAUAUUAAUUCACAAAAAAGAACACUUUUGGACAGUUUGUUCCUUUACAUUUCGACUUUUGCAAGAUUACAAAUUGCAAUCUGAGCGAAGAAAGUAGGAAACUAUUUUCUUUUUACAAAAAUUGCCAAUUCGCCAAGAAGAAUAUCAGUUUAUGGUUCCGAAUUUGGUGCGGGUCACCCGCCGCUGAUAAACACAACCGUGAAGAACCACAUUACAAAAAAAUUUAUCUUUCUACGUUAUUUAAAGCUCAAAGCUGGAGCCACCAGAGACGGCGCUCGGACCAGCUGGAGGAAAUAGCUUGUGGACCAAGUCGAUAAUAUCACCCAACACAACGGGCAGUGACCCUACGGGAGGGGGCAACCGGCCUUUUGCGGCCACCCCCAACAACCAAACCACUUCGCCCUUCUCCGCCCCGGGUACUCCUAAUUACCAGAGCGGAGGAGGGGGCGGUUACCCGACGAGCGGGAGUGUGCCCGCAGCAGGAAGUCCAUUUACACCGCAAGGGGGUGCAGCUUCCGGCGGCGGCCCCUCCACCCCGUGCCCACCCCCUCACUACGCCCACUCCCCAGUCCCCUCUGGCUCCUCCACCCCCGUCGGAUUCAAUUCUCACGGCCCACCUCACGGCGGAGGUCAAUUUAACCCUCAAUCCGGCCUUUACAACGGUCCCGGUGGUCCCAACUCGCCAUAUUUCAACAACUUUCCUCCCAACGGCGGUGGUCCACCUCCACGGCCGAGAAACAACUCGUUCCCGCCCUAUCCAAACCAAGGCCCCUUCGUUCCCGGCGGGGGUGGACAUAACAACAAUUUUGUCCCACCCCCUUUCCCCUCACAUCACUACUCUCAACAACAAAUACCUCCCGGACCACAUUUACCUCCCGGCCCACCACAAAAUCCUGGGAUGCCUGGGCUUAUGCCUGAUAGGAUACCUGACCAUGGACCCAUGUCCAUCCCUAGACGAGCUGCCCCCUGCUUUGGUCAACCCGAUUAUCGAUUGUACGAGUUAAACAAGCGGCUACAGCAAAGGACGGAGGAUAGCGACAACUUGUGGUGGGAUGCUUUCGCGACCGAAUUUUUCGAAGAUGAUGCCACACUCACGCUAACCUUUUGCCUCGAAGAUGGUCUCAAACGUUACACGAUCGGAAGGACGCUAAUACCCCGCUACUUCCGGAGCAUUUUUGACGGGGGUGUGACGGAGUUGUCCUACAACUUGAGACAUCCCAAAGAAUCCUUCCACAAUACCAGCAUCACCCUCGACUGUGAGCAAUGUACAAUGAUCACUGUCCACGGGAAACCCAUGUUCACUCAGGUUUGCUCCGAAGGUAGAUUAAUAUUAGAGUUCACUUUCGACGACAUGAUGCGAAUCAAGUCGUGGCACUUUGCUGUGAGAACUGCUCGUGAGUUAGUUCCUAAGAGUGCAGUCGCGAUGCAUGCCCAACAACAAGACCCCAACAUGAUUGACCAACUCACAAAGAAUAUAACACGGCAAGGACUUACCAAUUCAACUUUAAAUUAUUUACGACUGUGUGUGAUUUUGGAGCCGAUGCAGGAGUUAAUGUCAAGGCAUAAAGCGUACGCUUUAUCACCCCGAGAUUGUCUAAAAACGACGCUAUUCCAGAAGUGGCAAAGAAUGGUGGCUCCACCAGAAACGGCGAGACCUCAGUCAAAACGAAGAAAACGUAAAGGUUCCUCCUCCAAUUCGACUGGGAAUUCAGCGGCGGGGAAUCCUCCCUCCGUGAAUAAGAAACGCUCGCCCGGGCCGGCAUUCUCCCUCGCCUCCCAGGACGUCAUGGUCGUGGGGGAGCCGUCCCUGAUGGGGGGCGAGUUUGGCGACGAGGACGAGAGGUUGAUAACGCGGCUAGAAAAUAGUCAGUAUGACGCUGCAGCUGCGUUGGACACAGAACCGUUUGGUGCCGACUCCCCCCUUCCUGGCGGAGGUACGAAUUCCUGGCCUCCACCCCCCGAGUCCCGCCCACCCCACGGCAAUACACCCACCUCGCAAGACAGCGACAACAAAAAGUCCCCUGGAGUGAGCCAAUGAGGAAAAAGAGUUUACAGAAAAUUUACACAAAUUUCUUAUCAACAAUUAAUGUGAGAGAACAAUGAAAAUUUAAAAUGAACCAAACCCUACCCAUCCAAAUCCACCCCAUCCACGCAAAAGAAAAGUGUGUUCUUGGUCCCAUAUUUGACGACAGGAACGAAAUGAGAAAAAUUAAACUUUGAAACUUGUACCUCUACCGUGUAUUGGGUCACAAAGUGCAACAAAAUCCAAACCAACCGUCUAUUAAUUAUUAUUAUGUUAAUUAAUUAAUUAUUAAUUAAUAUAUGUUCUCUCCUCGUCUCUAAUUGUUCGUUGUUGUUGUUUUUUUUCAAAAUUCAUAUCGAAAAGAUACAUAAUUCUGCUGUGUUCCUCCUCUUUGUGUCCCGUUGUUCUCCUCCCGUCAUCAUAUUUACUUACUGUGAGUGGUAUAUUAUUCUGUUAUAAUGUAAAAGUGAUACAAUUGCAGUAUUUGUGAAUUUGUAAUGUUUUGAUGUUCAUAAUCAUAAGUAUAAUAUAUAUCUAUACAAGGAAA